AUGGCUACCCAAUUCAUUCUCGUUGCAAUCCCCGGCCAUGCGCCCCUGGAGCCAUCCCGUGCCCACUUCACCGAUCUGGAUGGAAACCCCGUCCAGCUCAGCUACGAUGACACUAUCAGGAUCCAUCAACUCUACGCCGGCAUCCUCCCCAGUCGCCUGCAGGCCGCCUCGGCCUGCGAGUUGCUAGCCCGCAUCGCUGAGCUGCCCGGCAUCACGGAGGUCCAGGAGACCGGGUCCACCAGCCGGCGGACGGGCACGGGUGCCCACGCCGAAGAAAACCUUGUGGCGCGCAUCGCGCAAACUAUGAUCGACAACAACAACUCCGCCACCGUGCAGGCGAUGUUUGUCUCCCUGGAGCCGUGCCACGACAGAUACGCCGGCCACAACUGCAGGGACUUCUUCCGCGCCGGCCGGACCCACGCCGGUGUCGUCAACGCGAGAUUUAUCCCGGCGUACAGGUGGACGCCCAUCUUCAUCUUCCAGAGCCAGCUUCCUGAGGGCGAGACCAGCGAGUGGGGCAAGAUCAAGGCCAUGGGUAAGGGGAUGAGGGAGGUGACCCUUCAGGAGUACAUGUGGGACACUCCAGAGGAGGCAAUGAAAAACUUCAGGCGGUUCGGCAGGGAACAGCAGGGUUCUUCCUCACAAAAUAGCGCCAGGCAGGUAAAGAGUGCCGCCCCAGUUAAGACUGCCGCGCCAGUCAAGACCAGUGCUCCAGUGAAGACGAGUGCUCCGGUCAAGACCACUGCUCCGGUCAAGACCACUGCUCCGGUCAAGACCACUGCUCCGGCCCAGACUAGUGCUCCAGUCAAAAAGAUUGGGUCUAAGAAGUGA